AUGGCAUUGAGCGUAGAUGCUCUGAACUCCCACUUACACUCAAUCGUUACUAAAGAAGACUAUGCAGAGACUCUUAUAAAAUCAGAUACAUUCUCAUUGAUCCUUCAGACAUUUGGUUCACCAUCAUCCACAGAACAAUCCAAAUCAAUUGCCUCUGUGAUAAUCUCAAAAUUAUUCGAGAAACCUUCAGACGCACUCACUCGUCGCUGUGAAGAUAUAAUAAACAAAUGGCUCGAAUCAACCGAAAAACAAGACAAACUCUUUGCAUAUAAUGCGCUCGCGACCCUAUUCCAAGUAAAUGCGCAGACCGGUGCUAACAUUCUGAAUAAAGAGGGGUUGUUGGAAGAUAUUGAAGAUUGUAUUGAAUUCGAAUCUGACGACGUUAAAUUAGCAAUGGUGGAAACGCUUUCACAAGCGUGUUCUCACAAUAAUAGUAGGGUAACGGUUGGAGUCAAGCUUAGUAACUGUCUGUCGAAUAUGGUUAACAGCAGCAAAGACGAGAGAAUAAAAAUGGCGGCAUCGGUGGCGCUAACGAAAAUUCUUUUGGAUGCCAAGGCAUCUAAUAAAGCUGAACCAAGUUCCAAUCAGGAUUCUAACAUUACUAGCGAGAAAUUAACUCAGUUGUUCCAGAAUCUUGUUAUCGAUACCGACUCGAACGACCAAGCACGCGCUAAUGCUGUUGAAGGAUUGGCAUAUGCCAGUCUGAAGCCAUCAGUAAAAGAAUUGAUUACAAAUCACCCGACGCUUCUAAAGGUGCUCUUUAGUUUAGUCAAGCUGUCUGACACUCCGAAAACUGCUAUUAACUAUGGUAUAGCAGUCAUCAUGGCAAAUAUUACGGCAUAUCGAAAGAAACUAACAGAAUCAGAAGAGCAAGCUCUUAGACUACGCAAGCUCGCUGGCGAGAGAACCACAAUAGAUCCAGAUCCAUUGGAAUCUGAUGAAUACGUGACAAGUCGAUGUAAGAAAGUGAUGACAUUAGGAGGGAUUCCCGUUCUGAAUACAUUGGCAAAGACAGCUAGCCAGUCGACUGUUCAAUUAGUUGCGCAAUCCUUUCUGAAUCUGGCUACUGACCAAACGAAUCGAGGUUUAAUCGUCCAACAAAGCGGCGCUAAAACAUUAACGUCAAUUCUUUCAAAGUCUACCAGCGAGAAUGUAUUAACGCCGGCAACACAAGCACUAGCAAAGAUUGCGAUUUCAUUGGAUCCAAGACUCGCAUUUCAUAGUACUAAUGCAUCGGAUCUCGUUCGUCCUUUCCUCAAUUUAUGCAAAAAUGAAAAUGAAUUAUGCCAAUUUGAAUCUUUAAUGGCGCUCACAAAUUUAUGCAGCGUUGAUGAUGCAUUACGACAGCGCAUAUACACCUUGAAAGGAAUACCCGUGAUUGAAAACCUGCAAUUUUCAGAUAACACGUUAGUCAGACGUGCGGCCACGGAAUGUCUUUGCAAUUUGAUGUUUUGCGAACCUGUCGUUGCACUUUAUAGUACGCCGUCCACGGCAUCAAACAGAAUCCAAAUCAUGCUUGCUUUAUCUGACGUCGAUGACUUUGAGACACGUCGAGCUGCCAGUGGAGCGUUGGCCAUCCUGUCCAGUAAUCCGGAUGUAUGCCAGAUGAUUGCUGAUCGACCGAGAGGAGUUGAUGUCGUGUUGGACUUGUUGAAUGACGAGUCGCCAGAGCUGAUGCAUCGGGCAGCGGAGAUAUUUAGGAAUAUGGCAAUGUUGGAAGGGGCGGUUGAGAAAAUGGUGCAGAAGGGCGUGCACGAGAGAUUUAUCACAUUGCUAAAGGAGUGCAAAGAUGAAGGUGUGGUCGGCACUGCUGCUGAGGCUUUGAGGGAAAUUGGAAAGUAUGCUGGGUUGCAAGUUGGGGACAA